GUUUCAUUAUUUCUCACUGGCUUGCAUAAUGAAGGGAGGGUGAAUACAAUGGCCAUUUUGCUAGAGCUUCUCCAGAGUUCUUUACCCAACCAAAGACCCCUGGCUGCUGUGCUUUUGUUUUACCUAGAUAUUUUGGUAUCAACUAAACCUCAAGAAUACAGCAUAUAUAGAUCGGUAGCUGUAGAUGCCAUUGCAGAAAGUCUUGAUUGCAGCUUAACUGAUGUGAAUGUCCGAGAGAAUUGCUGCAAAGCACUUCGUAUCUUGGGACUGCAUUUCUCUAUGUCUGGAAAAUUGUUGUCAGAAAAGUGGAUAACAAAGGAAGCAGAACCUAAUGGUGAAGUGAAUUCAGUUGAAAAUGAAGAAGACGGUUCACUAGCUAGUGACACAUAUCCAUUGGACGAUGAAGAUAAUUUGACUGAAUAUUGGUUGAGGUAUUUGACAAUCACACUGCUUGGAUAUGGCAAAAAAUCAAUUUUAGAAAUCCUUUCGAAGUGUUUAGGGUCAGAACACUGGGAUUUGGUUAGGAUGUGCCUAAUCACUGCAGAAUGGUUGAGCCGAGCACUUUCUUCACUAUCUGGUUCCGAGUUUCAGCUCUCAGCCUUUUCAUCUCUCAUUCCUCCACUGAAGGAAACCCUGAAGAACAGUGAGCACGUUGAGCACAAAAUUCUUGCUUCAAUGUCCCUGCUCAACUUCACUAAAAUCUCUGAGUGCAGGGUGCUUUUGAUGGAAAGCACAGAAGAUAUAUCAAUUCCUCUACAAAACCUUGCUGAAGUAACAUGGAGCGCAAAAGUGUUAUAUGCCAUCAUUUCUGGAGAAAAUAUUUAGACCGGAAUGAAAGAUAUGCCGGCGUGAAUAUAUAACGUUACAGCAUACAAGGAUCUACUUGAAGUAAAGAGAGAAUUCUACUUGAAGUAAAUAGAGAAUGAUCUCAGAAAAG